AUGAUGAAUCCACACAUGGCCGAAAACAUCACAGUCCUCCAGCAGUACUUGACCUCGACUACUACCACAUUCGAGCGUCCAACGCCGUCCAGACCUUACAACACCAUAUCGACGGGCCCCGGAGGUAGCCCAGAAGUCUAUCUGACCUUACCCAAGAGACGCAGAGGGCUGAAAGCUGCUGUGGAUCCAGGCAGGGAACCGAGAGAGAUCAUUAAACAUGUUCUUAGUAGUCUUUCGGUGGAAGUACGGAAGACAUACCUUGCUCAUCUACAUCCAUGUUUUCCUGUCCUGGACGAAAAGACAUUCCUGGAAAUGUGGUAUGACGACAACAAACGCAUUUCACCAACGCUAAUAUGCGAUCUGUACGCUUCUGCCCUGCAAUUCUGGAACCGGUCAGCUAUGCUUUACCACCAAACACAGCAUGAUCCUCAUUUCAUCUGGAACCAAGCUGUGACUGCGCUUCAGGACGACUUCAUGGCUCCAUCUAUAUCAACAGUAUAUGCGGCCGUUCUGGAUCUAUUAGGACGUCCAGUCACUGGGCUAACUGGUAACAUAGUGAAUGCCGGCCGAGUUGUUACUCUCGCGCAAAGCUUGGGUCUGCACCGAGACCCUUCAUCGUGGAAAGCGACUGAUCAUGAGAAGAGUAUACGCGUCAACCUUUGGUGGGGGGUUCUCAUUCACGAUUACUGGUCAAGUGUUGGCCAUGGUAUCCCGCCUACUAUUAACCCUCGUUACUACGAUAUACCUAUUCCUACGUCUACUACUGCAGCAGCCUCAGACCCCCGGGCUCAAUCUCAAUCUCAAAAGAGUACAAUUUUUGUUCAAUUAUCCAAACUAAGUCAAAUCCUCGGCGAUAUCCUUCCACUUGUUUACUCGAUCCGAGAUGCCCCUGAGGAGAUCAAACGACAGCUUCGGAGGGUCAAGUGCGCUCUGGAUGGCUGGGUACUUGAGCUCCCCGAAUAUCUUCAGCCCAACCGCUCGACAGCAGUACUCAUAAACGGAUGUUGUAACUUGUAG